GGAAUUCCCUGGCUUUUUCGCCAGACCAUGAACGAUUUCGAAUCGAACGUCAGUUUGCCGCAGAUCGAGAAAAUCCGCGUGUACAACACGAGAUGGCUCGUCUUGGCCAUUUUCGUCGCCUUCAGCGCCUCCAACGGCAUGCAAUGGAUCCAAUUUUCCAUCAUCACCGACGCCGUGGUGGGGUACUACAAAGGGGUGUCCAACACCCUGGUGGAUUGGACGUCCAUGGUUUAUAUGGUGUUGUAUGUGCCGUUCAUAUUCCCGGGUAGCUAUUUACUGGAGAAAUUGGGUUUGCGUAAAUCUGUGCUGAUAGGCAUAGCAGGCACCUGCCUAGGUUCCUGGGUGAAACUGGGCUCGGUCCACGAGGACCGAUUUUGGGUGGCCUUUGUGGGACAGACCGUGGUGGCGUUGUCCCAAAUUUUCGUGCUGUCAGUGCCGUCCCGACUGGCGGCAGUUUGGUUCGGCCCCUCCCAAGUUUCCUCUGCUUGCAGUAUAGGAGUGUUCGGCAAUCAGCUUGGGAUAGCUGUAGGAUUUCUUUUGCCGCCAAUAUUUGUCACUGCCAAUAGUAGUCAUGAGGAAAAUACCAUGCAAUUUUACACAUUGUACGGUUUCAAUGCAGCAGUCACUACAGUCAUCCUGAUAUUAGUUAUUUUAUUUUUCAAAAACAAUCCCCCCACUCCUCCCUCGCACGCUGUGGCUCAGCAAGAGGCAACCGAAACCUCAGUGGAUUUCGUCACGUCACUGAAAAACCUGGCAACCAACAGGUCCUACGUCCUGCUACUUUGCGCUUACGGCAUCAACACUGGGGUGUUCUACGCCAUUUCCACCCUUCUCAACCAAAUCAUCCUACAUUACUACCCGGCGGCUUCAGAAGAUGCGGGGCGCAUAGGUCUGGCAAUAGUGGUGGCUGGUAUGAUUGGAUCCGUCUGUUGCGGUAUAGUUUUAGACAAAUACCAUAGAUUCAAAGAAACAACUUUGAUAGUCUACGCGUUCUCUUUGAUAGGAAUGGUAGUAUUCACGUUUACUCUUUCCAAGGGUAUCUAUGUCGUUUACGUAACCUCCUUCGUGUUAGGAUUCUUCAUGACUGGCUUGCUGCCCGUAGGCUUCGAGCUGGCCAACGAACUGACCUACCCAGAGCCAGAAGGAACCUCGGCAGGUCUCCUGAACGCUUCGGCCAACCUGUUCGGCAUCGUCUUCACCAACAUCUAUUCGGUGAUUUUCUAUCGAGUGAGCGACGUUUGGGCCAAUACGGCCAUGAGCAUCACGCUGGUUCUGGGCACUAUUCUGUUGGCGUUCACUAGUUCGGAUUUGAGGCGGCAGGUAGCGCAUAGCGAGAAGAAAGGGGUCAACUAAUCAGUAUUGAAUUCAUGAAUUUAUUUAUUAUUUUUUCAACUCACAUAAAUUAUAGUGAAUUCCAUUGGUAA